AUGGCGUUGGGAUUAUUGCGGAGUAGACCUCUGCAUACGUCACUGCGUUCUGUUCGCAACGCAGUGAUGGGAUCACCUGCAAUUUACAGCACAGCAUUGAUAAAUGAGCUGUUGGAACUCGAGAAGGUGGACCGUCAUUGGGAGAUCGCUUUCCGACGUCGUUACCUUGCAGGUAAAGAGGAUGAUCUACGUUCUAUUGAACGUUCGUUAAAAUUCUGGGUAACACAAUGGGAACUCGGUGCCGUCCUAAUAGGCGCAUUCAUACUCCAGUGCCUAUACGGUCUACUGACAUUUUCACCACUUGCAGUUGUCAUAGCAAUCUUUGCGGUCUGCUGUCUCCUACAGCUGCGUAUGCACCGAGACAAGCUCACGCUGCAUUAUACCUUCGUAGCGCUGGGAGCUUAUAUCAUAUUGAUGACCAACCUAAUAAUCGUGUACCCAGAUCAAAGGGUGAUAUACGGAGGACUCACAGCGAUAUUUGGAGCGGCGUUUAUACACCUCAUCGUCCUUAUGGUACUAGGUCGUCACAGUGUGGACCAGAAUGUCGAACGUUUUGCUGACUCAUGUCUGCAGUUUAGGGUACCGUCCCUUUUGGAAGUUCAAUCGAUGGUCAUUGGUUUGAUCAUAUUUUUAGGCAUAUGUUUUACCACUGUGAAAUUGCACUACCUUUCAUAUACUGCCGUGGUGACUGUGAUAUUCACGAUAUUCUCGCGUAUCAAGUUCGGAAUACGAGACGAAGAAUAUGGAGAAAACAGUUCCAAUUUCUUCGAAGCUAGCUUACCUGUUGUGAGAUGUCUAAUUAGCGUAAUGUUCACAGCAGCGGCAUUAUGCGUAUGUAUUGCCAGCCUUUUCGGUAAUCAUGUGAUGUCUGUCACUACUCAGGAGUCAUUUAAAGCGUGGGAGCGUGAGAACGCUCUUGAAGGCGAAUAUACAUUUGCAUUCCAAGCUCUUGUGUACCUUCUAUCUGCAGCCUGCGCGAUUAUCCUUAUAAUAAAUGUGAUGCUGCUUUUCCAAAAGAUGCUGGAUUCACCAUAUCUCGCUCAUGCGUUGGAACAUGCUACUCUAUUCAUGGGUAAAGCUUGUUUAGGGCAUCGUGGAGACAUGCGAUAUGAAUAUUAUGCCUAUACAUUGGAUCGUCAAGGACGGGUGAUGUCCGUAGAAACUAUUCGAAAAUCACCAUUGAUGGGAUACAACCGCUCCAACAUGACCUGCUAUGAUGUAUAUCUUUCUAUGCAAAGGCGAGCGCUCCAUGCGCUUAACCAACGGUCGCUAUACUGUCUAGUACCCAUCUCACGUCUAUAUAGCACUAAACGUGACAGUAGUGCGUUGGUCCGUGGUCGUCUCCAUCUUGAGCGUUUGGCUGAACAAUUGGAUGCAUUGGUAGUUGCUGAAAGGAAACGUCGUCACGAGGAACGCCGAGAGCGUGAACGGUUACGACGACUGAAGGAAGCUAUGGAAAAUCGACCUUCAUUCACGUCUACAUCUAUACCUGCUGGAGUAGGGUUACAACUGCCACCGAUACUCCAUGACAGUUUCCGUGAAGCAUCUGAUGAUGUAAGGUCGCGCAAAAGGUCUAUGUCGAUACCUGCUGAUUUAACACUGGGUAACGUUGAUGAGAUCCCCGCGGUAUCUCGUCAUUUGGAAAGAUUGUAUGAACGCCGUUGCGUAACCACUGCUAUUACGGACGACUUCUAUUUACGUCGACGUGGGAUCAUCGAUCGUGUACGUAGUUCAUGGUUGGAGGCAACGCCAGAAUCAUUACCUUCCUUCCACAUGUUGAAACCCACAAACACUUGUGUAAACCGUGACCCUAAACGUGGUGACUUCAACUUUGACAAAAUCGAUCAUACUCUUUCUAAGAUAUUCCGUGGACUGGAGAUUAUGAAUGCUGAUGAGCCUCUCACAGGGCCAUCACCGAUUAGUACGCCAAUAAUCCAGCAAUAUGGUGAUGCCAUGCAUGACGAUGGAUUGAAACAUAUUGAUGUGGAUAACAAUGUUUUGGAUAUUGAUCAUGAGUUGGUGACCUACGAUUUGUGUGCCGCUGAUUACGAGUACGAAGAACACCUUCCUGUAACAAUCGACAUUGGUGAGGACACCCCUUUGGGCAUGGAUAUCGUUCCUCAAGAGAGUGAAGUAGUCCGCAUUGAUUUAACUGAAGAGCGUUCUCGUGGUCCAGCUACACCAGUAGCAGACAUAGAAAUGCAAUCACCAGGAUCUAUUUCAGUUGCUAUGGACGCCCACUCACCGGUGCAGUACAUUGAUCUGGGUUCUACAAAGAACGCUUUCUACUCCCCUGAUAUAUCUAAUCAUCCGGCUAAAAUUGCAGGUGAAGCUACACCUGCAAACUCCCUUGGCAAAUGGUACUGGUUAGAUAAUGCCGUCGAUAAUGCCCUAGGAGACAGGGCCAUUCCAUAUACCGAGACCCAGCGUCAAGUAUCUGAAGACGAUGCUGCGCAACACCGUAUGAGACCCAUAGAGGAAGUGUUAGAGGGUGAAUACUACAUAAACGAGAAAGGGCAACUUGUGGUGAAGAACGAUAGCCGGUAUGUGCCUGUGCGUUACCGGGGUGUACGUAAUGUGCGUAAUUUGGCGAAGUAUUUCGACAACGGUCGUCAACAAAUGGCCGGUGAUGACACUGGGGCCCGGUCAUCGGAUAGUGAUGAUACAACCCCGCGUGGUCGGGACUUAGCCCAGGUUGUAGACUCCCCCGUUCACAAAAUGAUGAUGAUGGUUAAUACAGCAGCCAAUAACGUGAUUCCUGAUGUCACAUCUCGGAGUUGUGGUUCAAUGCGUAUACUAAUACCAGAAUCUAUGGAAUUAGGAGUAUCUCCAACAAAGGUGUCUAAGCCUUUUGAAACUAACUCUCUGAUGUCAUUCGGCGACCAGUUGCCAUUGGCACGUCCCAACGUCGUAUUGACACGUGAGUACGAGGUCUACAAGCCAUUUGACCUCAACAACAUCACCAAGGAGAUGUCUGUGCAGCCCCAAUUGGUGGCGAAUGCGGGUCCCACUGUUGCUGUAGAACAACCUUCGGAGAGCGGAACUGGCGAUGUGGUACCCGCUGUAGAGCCAUCUGAAGAGACUACCCACCGUGAGCAUUCUGUCGGCAACAGUGACGUGUCUACUGACACCAUUAACCACAUGAGCCCACGCACAUUACGUCGACUCGCAGUUGCACGUCAUCUGCCUCUUGCCCUAGAUUCUCGACAUGAGAAGGUCUUCUCUGUAUGCCCUCAGCCGCGUCGUGACGGUUCAGUGGUAUCUUUGGCACAGACGAAGAAAUCUGAUUACUUCAUUCCUGUAGCUACACCAUCAUCUAAGCCUAGGCAUGCCAAGUUUGACGGCAGUAGCGGCUGUGAUUAUGGUAACCAAUAUCUAUACAGCGCGGUUGAGUCUGUGCCAUCACCCAAGUCGUCACGAGCAACCCGUUCAGCAGCCACGACUCCAAAUCGUCUCAUAACCCCGCGUCAGAGCUGGAAGAAUGAAUUUGACUUUUCGCCUAUAGCGGUACACUCUGGUAUGGAUGUACUCCUUGAGCUUAUGCAAGACAUGGUGAUUGAAGACUCUGCAGUUGAUGACCGUGAUUCCGAGGUUAGCCACGAUUUUAUUUUUGGUCGGUAG